AUGAGUAACUCUCUCUAUAACGAGAGGUUUUGCACAAUAAUAAAUAUUUUAAUCGAUAAUUUUAUUUCAAUAAUUCUGAAAAAACAAAAUAUCUUUCAAAGAAAGAAUUUGGAUAGUGAGCUUGGCGAGGGUAGUAGAUCUCCUCUAUCACCAAUCUCUGCGACUGAUAGUCCUCGACAUUUUGAGUAUGUUGAUGAAGCGAUUCCAUUAAUUCACAAUACUCCUGAUGGCAAUUCAUUUGAAAUCAACCCGGAUGCAAUGGCAUUCUUAUCUUCUUUGUCAUCGCCAAUAGCAAUCAUUGGUGUUGCUGGAAUGUAUCGGACUGGGAAAUCAUAACCUUAUUUACAGCGAUUUAGCACUUACUAUGGGCUUUUAUAAUAAAAAUAUGAUUAAAGUAUUCAAUAUAAAUGGGUUUAUUUUAUUUAUAUUAAAAUAAUAAUUUUUUUGGCUUAGUAAAAGGACUAAAGAUAAUAUAACAAAAUGAAGGCAAUCAAUGCGGCCUUUUAUAUCUUUUGAAUCGAGUUUUGUUAGAUCAAAAAGGCGGCUUUGGUGUAGGUCCUUCAAUUAACCCUUGCACGAAAGGGAUUUGGCUUUGGGGAAGACCUAUACCAGGAACAACAGAUGAUGGUAAGAUAUGCUCUAUUGUGGUCCUGGACUCUGAAGGAAUAGGCGCUCUUGAUGAAGACUCAGAUCAUGACACUAGAAUUUUUUCACUGGCUCUCUUAAUAAGCUCCUGCUUUAUUUACAACUCAGUUGGGGCAAUAGAUGAAAGCGCUUUACAGAAUUUGUCAUUAGUGGUUAACUUGACAAAGCAUAUUCAUAUAAAAACAAGGCAAUCUGAUGAGACUGAUAGUGAAGAAUACGCAGCUUAUAUGCCAAGCUUUGUUUGGGUGCUUAUUCUUCCUUAAGAAAUUAUUUUUAAAUAGUGCUAAUUAAAUUGUCUUAAAAAUUGAAAUUUUAACUUAAUACUCAUGCAAAAAUAAAUUUAAAAUAAAUCUUAUAAUAAGAUUAAAGUUAGAGACUUUGCUCUUCAACUGGUAGACUCAGAAGGGGAAAGCUUAACACCUAAGGAAUAUCUUGAAAAAGCUCUCCAACCUCAAAAAGGGUUCUCAGAUUCAAUUGAAGAUAAAAAUAGAAUCAGAAGACUUCUUAAAGAAUUCUUUAAAGAUAGAGACUGCUUUACCCUAAUAAGACCUACAACUAAGGAAGAUGACCUACAGAAUUUAGAAGAAAAACCCCUUGAAAGCUUGAGACCUGAAUUCCAAGAACAAGUGAUACAAUUAAGAAAAAGGGUUAUCGGAAGGAUAAGGCCGAAAACAGUCAACAAUAAAUGUCUGAAUGGCGAAAUGCUUGCAAAUUUAGUCAAAAAUUAUAUAGAAGCUAUCAAUAUUGGCGUUGUGCCUAAUAUAGAAAGUGCUUGGAAUUACAUAUGUAAAACAGAAUGUACCAAAGCUGUUGAGGAUGCUCAAGAUAUUUAUGAAAAAAUUCUAAUGAGCAGCGUAUCCCACAGAUUUCCUAUAAAUGAAGAUUAGAGGAGAUUAAAUUCUAGCGAUUCUUAGGGCUUAUUUCAGCCAUCGCCAUCUACCGCAGGCUUCAGCUCAAGUGGCCCUAGUUACCUAGGUCAUAUCUCUCUCAGAGACUCACCCAUGUUUGUGACUUGAUCUCUAAUUCUUGUAGCACUAACUCUCUCUCAACCCCUGGUAGUGCUCAGGGUACGGGUAAAAUGCCUUCGCGCCUCCUUCUGGGAUAUCAGCCUGAUACAGCUAAAAUUCCUUCACAGAAGUGCGAGCCUGAUAUUGCGCUUUCUGUAUAUUGUCUCAGGGUCAAUGAAAAAAUCCUGCUAUGAAGUCCUGUCCAGAACAUCCUAAAAGAAUUCACUUAAGUUUGGGCUGGAAUCAGCUCACAAGCCGUCCUGGACCUAUUCACCACUUGCUAUCUUUUUAAAAAGUUAUAAAUGAAGAAGAUUUAAAGUUACUGCAUAAAGAGGCUAAAGAAGCCGCAAUGGAUCAUUUUAAUAAAAUUGCUGUUGGGACUGACAGGGAUGUAUAUUUAAAGCAGCUUAAAGAAACCCUUGCUCAAAAAUAUGAUGGUCUUAAAGCUGACAAUGAGCUCGAAGCCCAAAGAAAAUGUGAAAAAUUUUUAACAGACAAUUUCCAAGUUAUUGACCAAAAAUUGAAAAAUGGGGAAAUUAAAAGUUUCUUGGAUUUUGAGGCAAAUUUAAGAAAAUUGCAGCAGUUUUAUAUUGAGCAUGGACCUGAUGGGCCUUUUAGAAAUGAAAUUUUAUUAGAAUUUUGCUUAUUCCUCUUCCUUAAGCGAACAAAACCAUUGGAAAAAUCCCUAUUUUCUGGCAAAAACACCCUAAAUAUAAUAUUUUUUAUAAAAAAAAUCUUUUGAAAUAUAAGUGAUAUUAUUAUAAUGAAUUUCUAGAUGUUUAAUUUUAAACAGCUUACAUUUUAAAACAUAAGUUUUACAAAUUAAAUUAAUAUUUGCUUUCCAAUUUUUGCGAAUAUGGAUUUUUUAUUCAAAAAAAAAAAUUUACUAUAAAAUAUAUAAAUUUGUUAAACUCCCCCUCUUUUAAUGAACAAAAUUGUCUAAGGAGGGGGGAUGUUAGGUAAGUAUUCAGCUGUAAGUGAUUUUUUCUUAAAAAAUCUGACAAAUGAGUUGAAUUUGAAAGACCAGUUGACAAAUGACCAAAUAAUGAGGCUUGAAACAGAGGUAAGAGAAGCAAAAGAAGAUCUUAUGAGGGAAAAAGAUGAAUGGCAUAGAAAGUACACAGCUGCUAUAAGUGAAAAAGCUGAGCUUUCUGCUAAAGAACAAAAUUUAAAAGAGCAAGUCCAAAACAUGAAGCUAGAAAGAGAACAAGUCGAAAAAGAGCUAAGAAACGGCCUUAAAAACGCCAAAAACGAGCUUUUACAACAGAUUGAAUCUGCUAACAAUAAAGCUUGGGAAUCUGAAGAAAAAAUGAAAGAUGCAGAACGAUCAGUUAACCACAAAGAAGCUGAAUUCCAAGAAGCCAAAGCCUUAUUAGACCAAAAAAUAAAAUAUCUAGAAACAAGCUUAGAAGAAUCCCGAAGGCGAGAAAAAGAGUACAUGAAUGACUUAAAAUCUCAGAAAAAAGAUCAUACUUCUUCAGUAAAAGAUAUACAUUCCAGGUUCGAAAAUCAGCUUAAAAACUACCAGUCUCGUCUUGAGUCAGAAACUGAAAAAAUUUCUGAGCUAGAAAGGGAGCUAGAAGAAAAAGAAAAUUUAUAUGAAAGAUCCAAGGCUAAUUGGGAAGAAACUGAGCUGAGGCUGAAAUCAAUGAAUGAUGAUUAUUUAUCACAAUUAGAAAUGCUGAAAACUAUAAUAAUCUAUAUUAAAUUAACGCUCAUAUUUUAUGAAAUAUAUUAUAGCUUAAUUUAGCUUAAAAAAGUAUAAAUUAGAUAGAAAAGAAAACGAGACCAAGAAAAAAAUAGCAGAACUUGUCAGAGACCAUGAAUCCUCAAUUACCAAGCUUCAAGCAAAGUUUGAAGAAGUCGACCAAAAAUUCAAACAAACAGAUGAAACUCUAAAAUCCCAACAAGUACAAUGGCAAAAAGAAAAUGCUAUUUUAGCUCAAAAAUUAGAAUUUUCAGAGCAGCACUAUGAAGAAACUAAAUCUCAGCUUGAAGAAGAAAGAAGACAGCACGCAAACAUGCUUCGUUCAAUCCAAGCCACCUCAGGUGAAAACGCUCGUGAAGAGACUGAAGCUCAGCUUCAAAAAUUGCGCCAAAAAUACAUGGAAGAUAUGAAAAGCCAAGAAAUUGAAAUUGAAAGCACCAAAAAGAAAUUCACAAGCCAAGUCGAAGAUUUAUUAAAGAAAAAUGCAGAACUAGAGUUCCAAAUUAAAGUAGAAACCAAUGAAUGGAGCAAUAAAGAAAAAAAUUUCCAGGAAGAGCUGACUGUUGUUACAGAAGACAGAAAUAAAUUGCAGGAGCAAUGCAAUGAACUGCAAAAGAGACUUCAACAGUUUUCAGAAGAGGCUGAAGCAAAAUUAAAGAAAAGAAUAAAAACACUGGAAAAUACAUUGGAAGAGCUAAGGACAAAGACAAAUGAUGAAAUCCAAGCUGCAAAUGCAAGGGCUGAAAGCUCGUAUCAACAGCUUAAAGAGUUUUAUGAAGAAGAGAAGAAAAGGAUGGAAGGAAGGCUACAAGAAGAAAAAGAAAGGGCGGAUAAGAAGUAUAAUAUUAUGUCUGAAGAAUACGAAGACAGAUUAAGACAAGAAGCUGAUGCAUAUGAAGACGAUUUGGCUGCUAAAGAAGACGAGCUACAUGACCUAGAAGCUUAUUAUAAUGAUGAAAUCACCCAAUUGAAGCACCAAUCAGGACUUGACACCCAAAAAAUUGAAACCCUUGAAAAAUACUUAAAAGAUAACAAAGAACAAAUUGAAGCUAUGCAAAAGACUCAUAACUUGUCAAUGGAACAGCUGCAGGAAAGAAUGAACUCAGAAAGAGCAAGCCUAGUAGAAAAAGUCGAAAAAAUGGCUAGUGAGCUUGCUGCAAAAGAAAGAGAAUUAAGCUCAGUUUCUUAUAAAAAAGAACAAUUAGAGUCCCAGUUGGCAAAUAAAGAAGCUGAACUCUCUGAUGUAAAGGAACAAUAUGAUAGAGAAAAACAAACUUUGGCUGAAAAAUUCGAGCUUGCAAAGCAGUCUUAUCAGAAAAUUAAUGAUGAAUACACUCAGAAGAAAAGCGAUUUUAAGAGAGAAAUGGCACUUUCUCAGCAGGAAAAUGAAUUCAAGGCUAAAAGAAUUAGUGAUUUAGAGAAGUCACUGCAGGAAGCUGAAGAAAAAUAUAAUGAAACAUUAAAAAGCUUAAAAGAUGAGUCUGGAGAAGAAUUGUCGACAACGAUUCAAAAAUUGACAAAAGAAAAAGAAAGUCUUGAAGAGAAGCUGAACCAAAAGAAAAAAUCACUCAAAGAGUUGGCUACAAGUUCUUCAAAAAAUUGAUUUAUUAAUUUCUCUGGAUAAUAGAUAGUUAUAUAUUUUCUUUGCUUUUUGAGCGAUAUCUUAUUGGCAGAGGCAUUUGUUUUCUUAAAACAAUUAAUUUUGUAAGCAAAGAGGAAAUAUAAGGAAUUUUUUCUAAACAACGGCAAAUUAAAUUAUAUUAUUGCCUAAUAUGAAGAGAAAAAACUAUAGACCAUAAAAAAUAUAAGCAGCUUAGAAAAAGAAAAAGCAGUUCUGGCUGAAAAGAUUGAGAUAUACAUUAAAAUGGCUUGUCGGCCAACCCACCCUCUUAGCACCUAUAGCUGGGGUGACCCAAGGACUUUAUGGAAUGAGGAUGAUGCUCGGUAAUGUGUAUUUGGCCAAGUUUCACUUGGUUUGGUGGAGCGCUAUGUCGAUUAGGUCAACAAUCAAGCCCGAGGGAGAAGAAGUGGUGCUCGAGAGAAAUGGCGGUAGGUGGCUGAGUGACAAUAGGUCGAGAAACACACCUGUGGGUGCUACAGGAGCUUCUCCAUAAUUAAGUUAAGUUCUAUCUGAAAAGCUUGCUAAUUUAGAAGCCAAAAAGCAAGACAUGGAAAAUCGCCUAAGAGCUGACAUUGAACAUCUUCAAGUUCAGCUUAAAGAGAAAAAGGACUCAGAAAGCACCGACAAGAUGUCUGUUCACUUAGAAAAUGAAAGACUUAAAACCAUGAUGCAAGAAAUGGAAAAAGACAUUUCUGAAAGAAAUUCUGCCUUUGAAAGAGAAAGAAUUUUAUGGGAAAAUAAGUUUAACUUCCUAACCCAACAGAGGGAUUCCGCAAAAGCAGAUUUAGCUGAAUCUCAAAGAAAGUUUGAUAUUACAGUUGAAAACUUACAAAAAAGAAGUGCAGCUGAAAAAGAAAAACAAGAAUCUGCUACUAAUUUAUUAAUUUCUUCAAUUGAAACGAGAUUUACAACUCAAAUUAAAGACAUGCAGGAAGCUCAUGCUUCAUCUCUUACCUCAACAAUUAAUUUUUUUUUAAAAAAAAAAAAAAAAUAAAAUUUUAUUAAUAAAAAAAUAAUUUUUUUUGCUCAAUUGAGAUAGCGAAACUAUUGAUAAAAAUAAAAUCCUUGAAAGAGACUUAAGAGCAGUAAAAGAAGAACUAGAACUCGUUAAAAGAGGGAGAUCAAGUGAGUCAGGGUCUCUUGAAAAAAGAGUCAAAGAUUUAUCAGAAAGUGAGCAAAGACUAUUAGCUGAAAUUGACGCUUUGAAAAAAGAUAGAGAAAGAAGAAUUGAAGAACUCAGUGAAUCAGCAAACUACGAAAAAGAACAGCUUAAAACAAAACUUGCUGAUUAUGAAAAAAGAGCUAAAGAAGCUGAACAUCAAAAAGGUCAGCUGUUUUUAGACCUUGAAAAGGAAAGAGCAAAAUGGAAUAUGGAAAAAGACCAUUUAUUAGCUCAAAAAAAUGAAGCUAUGGACUCGUUAGAGAGGUCAGAAAAAAGAAGAGAGUCACUUGUAAGGGAUAAUGAAAAACUGAGAGCUGAAAAAGGGAAAAGGGUUGGAGGAGCUUUUGCACAGAGACCACCUGGAAGCAGCCAAUUCAAUAAAGGUGUUACUGGGCUUUUCCAAAAUGCAGGAAUAUCGUUUGAAGAAUUUUCUAAAGCUCCAAGGUGAUCAAUAAAUAGAAUAAUUAAUAUAAAAAAAAUUAUUAAAAAAAUUAUAUUAUUUAAUUAGAAUGGGUUAAAGAAAAAGAAAGCCAAGACACCAGUGGAAACUCAAGCCCUAGAAGUUCCACUGCAGGAACUGCUAGUCCACUUCCUCCUAUGAGAGCAAGAAGCCCAAUAUCGUCAAGAAAUCAUAGAUCAAGCUCUGGAUUUGAUUUCAACAAGAUAGGCGAAAAGAAAGAAGGAGAAAAAUAA